GCCCGGCCACCAAUCACGCCGGAGCGCCCACCGCUAGGGAGCUGCUUCCGCGCCCGUGUUUCUGGAGGCAGCUUUGGAGCCUCGUCAUCCGCAGCUCUGCCUUCGCAACCUCAUCCGCGACACUCAACACCCUUCAUCGCCGACGACCGAAUUCGCGACAGCCGCAAUCGAUCUCCCCACACCCACCCCGAUAACAAAUUCUCUCAGUGCCAUUCUCGUCAGCCUCGUGGGAUCGAGGAACCAACCCCGCGACGCUCCGUCAGCUGAAUUGCAGCGACCGCCCACGAUGCCGGGCUUCGACUUCUCCAACUAUAACCGCAACGCGGCCCUGCACGCGAGGGGCGUGCCUCUACCCAAGGCCACAAGCACGGGCACGACGAUUGUUGGCUGCAUAUUCGAUGGCGGCGUAGUGAUCGCGGCCGAUACCCGCGCCACGUCAGGCCCCAUCGUCGCCGACAAGAACUGCGAGAAGCUGCACUACAUCUCCCCCCAAAUCUGGUGCGCAGGCGCCGGCACCGCGGCCGACACGGAGUUCACCACGGCGCUCAUCUCGUCGCAGCUCGAGCUGCACUCCCUGUCGACAGGCCGCCAGCCCCGCGUCGUCACCUGCAUGACGCUCCUCAAGCAGCACCUCUUCCGCUACCAGGGCUAUAUCGGGGCCUACCUCGUCGUCGCCGGCUGCGACCCGACCGGCACCCACCUCUUCACCGUGCACGCUCACGGCUCGACUGACAAGCUUCCGUACGUCACGAUGGGCAGCGGCAGUCUUGCCGCCAUGAGCGUCUUCGAGACGCAGUGGAAGGCCAACCUGACGCAGGACGAGGCCGUCAAGCUUGCCAGCGACGCCAUUCUGGCCGGUAUCUUCAACGAUCUGGGCUCUGGCUCCAACGUCGACGUGGCCAUCAUCACAAAGGACAAGACGACGCUGAAGCGGAACUUCAUCAAGCCCAACGAGAAGAGCGCCAAGCUGCAGAGCUACGCCUUCCCCAAGGGUACAACUGCUGUGCUCAACGAGAAGAUCAUCCAGAAGAACGACAUUGGGCGGUAUGUCAGCGUCCAAGAGGUGCCACUCGAGGGCGAUACGAUGGAGGUGGACAGCUAGAUGAGAGGCUUCAUGUACAGACAGGGGCAUCCGAGGGCGCUGGAGGUCAAUGUAUCAACACACAACAACUGCGCUUCGGGUUUACUAGAAAUGGAAGCGUUUAUCUAACCACGCCAAGGCGGCAAACCAUACAAGUGCAAGUCAAAAUUGCGCAAAUUUAGGUGAAUAUGUGCGUGCUCCUGGAUGCCUGGUCUAGCCUAAACCCUGAGAAUCUCAAGCCCCCUCUGAAGAUAUAAACAACAAGAGUC